AUGGUGCGCGGCGCGGCAAAGGCGCAGGCACAGGCCAAGAAUGCGGCCAAGCAGGAGGCGGCAAAGGGCGGCAAGUCGCAGCUCAAGGACCGCGAAAAGGCCCUCAAGUUCAUCUGCCCCCAGUGCAAGGCGCCCAGCCCCCACUACAACACGCUCAAGACCCACAUGGAGUCCAAGCACCCAAAGGCAGACGUGCCGCCCGAGGACAGCUUCAAGGUGUAG